UCAGAUUUCUGAGUGCGCGAGUGUGUGCGCGCGUGUGCGAGGGAGAGAGGCACUGCUGAUUUUAUUUUUGCAGCGUGGGGGAAGAGGUUUAGAAAGCGUUGGAGCACUGAAAACAGAGAAGUACUUGCUGCUGAUUUAUUUUGGCUUUACAACCACACAACCAAGUGACUUUGAGAAAAAAAAAACAACAACAACAAAAGUUGAAGAAGGCAGCCAUGGACGGAGUAACACUUGGACGCGCGUCGCUCCUGUGCACCUUGCUGCUCUGGGCAUUUCAAAUUUGCAGUGCAGAACUGACUGUGAAGGUGGCUCCUAAAGUGGAAGUGAUGAAAGGAGAAACAGCCAAACUGCCCUGCACCUACACUGGCACRCAGUCCAGCAACAACAUUGUUGAAUGGUACAUUGAGGAGCAGGGAGCCAGGAAACGAGUGGCUUUAAUCGAUCGAACGGGAGUGAUCAAAAUCGAUGAGGACAGUCCACUGACUGGCCGGGUCACUAUGGGAAAAGACUACACCUUGACCAUCACCUCUGUUCAACCUGCUGACGAACUCACCUUCUGCUGCCAGGUCAAUGCUGGCCCUGAAGGCCUUAAAGAGGACAGCACCAUGCUCAAAGUAUUUUUCCCUCCUGAGGUUCCAGAACUCAUAAAGCCAUCAAGUCAGGCCAUUACAGCGGGACAGUCCGUCAGCUCAGAGAUUGGAACCUGCACCGCAAAAAAUGGACACCCUCAGCCAAGAAUCAUCUGGUUCAAAAAUAAUGAACCUCUUCCUGAAGUCAAAGACAAAAAAGAGAAAACCUACAUGGUUUCCUCUGUGGUGAAGGAGGCCUCUGGCCUUUAUACCUUUAAAAGCGUCCUGUACAUGCAGCCCACCAGGGCWGACAAGGACUCUGUGUUCCAAUGUACUGUGGAGUACAGCAUGCCGCAAGACCAGAUCAAACAGAAGACAUCUGAAAGUAUGAAGAUCAAUCUCAACUAUCCCUCUCAGAAAGCAAUGUUUCGUGUUCUCAAUACCAGUCCAGUCAAAGAAGGGGAUGAUGUCAUCAUGAAAUGUGAGACGGAUGGAAACCCACAACCCACAGACUUUGAAUUUAAGGCAAAUGAAACAGUCAUUAUUGGUCAGGAAGGUAUUCUGACACUGAAAUCUGUAACUCGCAAAAACUCCGGUCGUUAUUCGUGCCACGUCACAGACUAUGAAGCCCUGGAUGCCGAUCUGACAGACAGCCUCACCCUCACUGUCAACUACAUUGACCCCAUGAGCGUGACCCCAAGUAAGCCUCAGGUUGUCAUGCUUGGAGACAAGGUGGAGUGGCAGUGUAAGACCAAGGCAUCAAAAGGAUAUGCAGUUCAUUGGAAAAAGGGUUCCAAAGUCCUCUCUGAUGACGGCAGUCUAUCAAUAGCCAGUGCUACCUUUGAGGACGCUGGAGAAUACGUGUGUGUUGGAAAUGUUUCCGAAGUGGCCGGACUGACAGCCCAGGCCAGUGUGAACCUCACCGUAAAAGGAAAACCAAURAUUGAGCCUUCUGCUCCUGGAGAGGUGGUGAACGAAGGAGACACUGUGACGCUGAAGUGCUCGGCUUAUGGAUUCCCCAAACCUCAGUUCACCUGGAACCCCUCAGGAAACCAGCGUGAGUCAGUGUCAGUGGAAGGUAACAAGAUAGUGAGCACCGUGACCCUAGAGGCUACGGCUGAUGUCAUUGAGAAUGGGGUGACCUGUGAAGCCUCCAACGAAUAUGGAAAAGAUAGCCAGAAAUUCCCCGUAUCUCUUAAACGAGCAGGUGGCAGCUCAGCUGAAGCUGACAAGCAGCAGGGAGGCUCCACCGGCGUGGUGAUAGCCGUGGUGGUGUGUGUUCUGCUGCUCCUGAUGCUGGUGGCCCUCAUCUAUUUUCUGAGUAAGAAAACCAAGCUACCCUGCAGCAAGAAGGACCAGAAGGAAGUACACAAAGGAGAGGUGAACAAUGAAAUYGUGGUGGAGAUGAAGACAGAAAAGCCCAAUGAGCAGGACGGACUUCUUAAGAACCCAUCCAAAGACCAGUGAUGAAACCGGAUGAUGAAAAUAACUCAGAGGGAUGAAGGGAAGAGGAUGACAGUUAUGAAGACAAGAGGGCUUUUUUAUUUUUACACAAGACUGAAGGGGGCAAUAAGUGGUGGUGUUGGGGAGUGGGUUUCUAUCGGUGACUUUUAAAAUACACUUUGCUUUGUUACACUUGUUUUGGAAACUGGAUUUGACAAACUGGGUGUGUUGUUUUUUAUUAUUAUUUUUUAUUAAAUAAUGCUUUUGCAGAACUUCAUCCAGCUUGUGUUAGCACAGGUUUAAAAUGUAAAAUGCAGCAUCACUGGAUAAAAUAAUCAAUUUUCUUUCUUUUUUUUAUCAGUCACAUAUUUGGUAGACUCCUUUGCAGAAUGGAUCCAUAAAUAUCCACAAAAAACUAACACUGUCUGGAUUUGUAUCCAAUGCAAAAAUAACCACUGAUUUUUUUCUUUAGUUUUUGAGAGUUUCUGUUUUGGAGUCUACUCAAAUUUCUUUUACUGCUGGUGAUUUUUGGGAAACCAAUAUUUCAGGCUAUAUUUAUUUCACCUCAAAAGUAAAAAAAAUUGCUUACUAAAUGUAAUCACACACGCUCACUGUUUGGCUGUAAAUUUUUUGCUCUACAAUCUCUAUCGCUGUUCAUUUUUUUGUGUUUUUAAUUUCCAUGAUUAGUUUGCAGCGAAAUCAAAGCAGGUAUUUCAAAUCAGCUUUUCUGUCUUUAGAAUCACUUGCUUUUAUAAAAUUCAGUUCAAAAGCCACCAAAUUAGAAAACGUUUAAGUUGUACAAAUUUGUUUAUGCCAUUUCUACUACAAAUGUAUUCUAUGUUUUUGCUCUUCUGUUUUAUAUGUAAAUUCAGUGACUGUUUUUUUUUUUUUUUUUUGUGAAGCUAGAGGAGCUCUGUGAUUGUGUGUAUAAAGCUGCUGGCUUUCGUUUCUUACAGCUUUAUAGUUUCCAUUCUGGGCWGAAACCUGGGAUAAGACUGAAAAGUAACAAAAGCAGGUUCAAAUCACCAGUUUUUGCUCUACAAAAAAGAUAUUUGGGGAGAGUUUCGACACACACUCUUCUUUGUUGGUGUUUUCCAACAAAAUGUGACUUUCGAGGUCUGUAAGGUUGUGGUGACAGAUUCACCAGUUAGAAAUAAAUACAAGCAGAGGUUCACUCUAGGAAACAGGAAAUGAAAAGUGGGAGAUGCUGCAGGAGUAUGUAAGGUACAUUUGUACUUUUUUCCUUCUCCUCAAAUGAAAUAUUUUGAUUGUCUUUCUCUGUGGUUAGGCAUGUAAUUCAUGUUUUUUUUCUUUCUUUUUUUUUUUUACAUUUUCUUUCCUGCACUGUCAGCAGGGUAAAAACAGGUUUGCAGGUCGUCGUAUUUUGUUGAACACUGGAACCAAUGACCUUAAUGUCUUUAUUUAAAAAAGUCACCUCGAUCCACUUUCUGCAGCUGCAAGACUUGUAUGUUUUGAACGUUUGUCUGCUGAACUUGCUGUAAACAUUGCUGAUUGUUAGCAGACCAGUGACAGGUGAAGAUCAGUGAUUAAACUUUGAAAACUUUUCUUAUUUUUCUGUGUUUGCAUUAGAAUGCUGUGGUGUCAAAACAGGCUUUUCUAAAGGGGAUUCACAAUUUUAGAGCUACUGAGUUUUAUUUUUCCACGCUCCACAAUCUCCAUUCACUAAGAAAAUACAUUUUUUAUAUUCAGUUAGAUUUUUUAUAAGACAUUCAGUGCUUUACAUUUUUAUUGUAUGCUGUAUAUUUUUGCGCUACACUGUUUGUGAUCUAUGUGGUGUGUUGAUGUAUCUUUUUUUCCUUCUUCCAACUGUGUAGACUUUAUAAUGAAAAACCUCAAGAAAGUCUAUUCUCACCCCA